AUGGCCCAAGGAAAUGGCACCAGAGUGACCGAGUUCAUUCUACUGGGAUUUGCAGUUCGACAAGAACUGCAGUACAUCCUCUUCCUGGUGUUUCUGCUCAUCUACAUGACAUCUCUAGUGGGCAAUGUUGGUAUGAUCCUGCUCAUCAAGUGUGAUGCUCGCCUUCACACUCCCAUGUAUUUUUUCCUCCAAAACUUGGCUUUUGUUGACCUCUGUUACACAUCCGCUAUCACUCCCAAGAUGUUAGUCAACUUCCUGGUAUCAGAUAAAUCCAUCUCAUACUCAGGAUGUGUGACACAAUUAUAUGUUUAUGGUGUAUUUGCCACAGUUGAAUGUUACCUUCUGGCUGCCAUGGCUGUAGAUCGUUAUGUGGCCAUCUGUAACCCACUCCGUUAUCCAAUAGUCAUGUCCCAGAGAGCCUGCAUUCAGUUGGCCACUGGAUCUUAUGUCAUGGGCUCCCUGAAUGCAACCACACACACAGGCUUUCUCUUUUCACUGUCCUUUUGUAAUUCCAACAUCAUCAAUCACUUCUUUUGUGAUGUGCCCCCAAUCCUGGCCCUCUCCUGUUCUAAUAUUAAUGUCAAUGUCAUGUUAUUAAUUAUUUUUGUGGGUUUUAACCUGGUAAGCACAUUGCUAGUUGUGUUUCUCUCCUACAUUUAUAUCCUGGCUGCCAUCUUGAGGAUGCCCUCUGCUGCAGGAAGACACAAAGCCUUCUCUACUUGUGCCUCCCACAUGACCGCUGUCACCAUUUUCUAUGGGACGCUCUCUUAUAUGUAUUUACAGCCUUCUUCCAGUGAGUCACAAGAGAAUGAUAAAGUGGCCUCUGUGUUUUAUGGUAUUGUGAUACCCAUGCUGAACCCCCUGAUCUAUAGUCUGAGAAACAAGGAGGUGAAAGAGGCAGUGAAAAUGCUCAUGAAAAGUUGUUCAUGA